AUGGCAGUCCCUACCCUCCCCUCAAUCACAUCCCUACCCACUCUCCCUCUCUCCGACCAACUCAAAGCCAUCGACACACUCUUUGAACCCUCUCCCGAACUCCACAAUCUCCUCCAACCCAUCCUCUCCAACGCCCAGACAUUCUCAUCAUACGAUAGUCUAAUCGACGAAAUUUACAAUAAAUUGUCAACACUAUCCGCAACAAACGACCCUCAACAAAAACAUACUCUAUACGGCAUUCUAGGCUCUCAUCCGCGCCUUGGAGCAACAUCGCCUACUGCGCAAGCUGGAUUGAGUGAAUUGAGCAGAAGAGAGCAGGCAAAUAUUAACAAGUCGACCGACGAACGAGCAGCUGCGGAUCAGGCUGCGAGGUUAGCUGCGUUGAAUAGAGAGUACGAGGAGAAGUAUCCGGGUUUGAGAUAUGUGACGUGGGUGAAUGGGCGAGGUCGGGAUGUUAUCAUGGUUGAUAUGAGGAGGCGUAUUGACCGGGGAGAAUUUGAGCUGGAAGUUAGGGAUAAUAUUCAGGCUAUGUGUGAUAUUGCAAAAGAUCGCGCUAAGAAGUUGCAAGCCAACUUAUGA